GUGGUUAACGCAACAUGCCAGUUUACCUUGUAGCCUUUAGAUGAGCGAGUCGUUGUUUUAAAAGGAAAAUGCUCAACAGUGUAGCCCAUACCGACAUAUCGAAUGUUUCAGAGAAGAAACGACACGGGCGUCUGAGUUGACAGCUAGCUUUCAAGCUAAUUUAGCAGCAGCGCUGCCUUGAUUAGACAUCUCCCGUUACAUACUGUUAGCAUGUUAGCGCCUAGCCAUAAUACCACAGCAGCUUUAGAACAUACAGCGGUAUGAAGCAAUACAAUCAACUCAUUAUAACAAUACAUGCUCAUUUCACUCAAACAUUAGUUAUACAUCCUGCUACAUAUCCGGUACGUCGUGUAAGCUGUCAACUCUUAACUACAGGAGGUCGAGACUAGAAAUUAGCUCAAAUGCUAAAGCCAGGUUUUAGGAAAUAGUCGGGUCCUUCCUUCUCAGCUAAGUUGAAUGCUAGCCGUAGCCUGUUCGCCUAAUACAGGUAUGUCCACCAGCGCUGUAUUGCGUUCGUGAAAACAUACAAAAUCCUUUUACAGGUUAUAAAUGUGUUCCUCUUGCCUAGGCGCACAUGUUGCACUUUUCUUUAGACGUUUCGAAAACGAGAGGAUUUUGAGCUGUCACUUAGCCAUCUUUGCAACCUCGUUCUGUCACUGAAGCAUACAGUUUGGCUUAUUUUGCCACAGUCUAACUUAUGCCAUUACACACGACUCGGUUUGUCCAAACAUUGAGGGUUUUCUCUUAUUUACAGUCUUACAUCAAUGGACUUAGUUGGCAUUGGAAUUAGUAAAUGUAUUACAGUUUUUAUUUAGUGACACCAACUUUUGUUAGACAUACACUGAUCAGAGAUAUGCGAUAUGGCAGUUGUAUUGGAAGUAAUUGCCAGUCUUGAGAAAUAUCCAAUUACCAAAGAAGCACUUGAGGAAACUCGGCUUGGAAAAUUGAUCAACGAUGUGAGGAAGAAGGCCAGGGAUGAGGACCUUGCGAAGCGGGCCAAGAAACUGUUACGAAACUGGCAAAAACUGAUUGAACCCGGUCCGACUGGGGCUGCGAGUGUCCCUGGAUCCACAAACGGCAGCUCUCAUCCCUGCAGGACAGAUUCCUCUCCUGCGGACCUUUCUGUAUCGGGGAAAGGCGUCCCUGAAGUUAAAACCAAAAAUGAUGUCCACAACACUUAUUCACCAAAAGCAGAGAAAUCAAGCAGCCGCAAGCGUCGGCCAGAGCAGAGAGACAGUGGGGUGUACUUACCUGAGAAAAUCUCCAGGAUGUCAUCAUACGACAAUUCUGUUUCGCCACCCACCAAUGGGAUCGCAGGCAGCCCAGACACCCUGCCUGAGCAGGAGGUCGUCCCGUCUCCUGAUAGAUCUCGAAUAGACCACCUUGAAAAUGACAAAGUUAGGAUUCCAAUAAAUGCUGUCAAGCCUCGCCCCAGCUCUCCUGGAGUGACUAAACCACUUAGCACUUCCUCUUUAAUCAAAGUUGCUGUGAUGCAACAACAGGCUAGAUUGGAUGAAGGAGGUGGUGGUUCCCUAGCUAGAAGUCCUCGCAGUGUCGCGUCCAGUCCCAGGAGCCUAAAGCAAGACUCUGUAUCCAAGCGAUCUUCAGCAUUUGCAGCUAAAGGAACACCAAUCCCAAGCCCAUCUUCUAGAGACUCUCCCUCGCCUUUUUCUCAUGCUGUGUCCUCCCCAGGCCAACCGUCUUUUGCUGAGAAGCUGCUGCAUUCUUCUCUUAGGUCAUCAAUGCAGUCAGCCAGUUCAUCAGAAAUCUCUUCUUAUUGCCCUUCCCAAGACAUUUCCACAGCACUGGAAUCCCCUUCAGUCUCCCCUUCCCCGCUUAUUCCUCAGCAGAACUCCGAAUUACACAGAUCAACAUUUGAGGGAGCUACAGCUGUGUCUGAUGAUGCAGAUGGGACAACGGUACCGAACUCUGAGCAUAAAAGGAGAAAGUACAGGCCUAGAGACUUCUCUGUUAACUUAGAUGGCCAAAAAGUAGAGGACACAACUAAGCCUGUGAGGUUAAAAGAACGCAGGAUAACAUUUGACCCGGUCACAGGCCAGAUCAAACCUUUGGUGCAUAAAGAACCUUCUCAAUUAGAGGAUAUCCCCACUCCAGACCCUGCAGAGACCAGGCAGAGAACUGAGUGCAUUGCCCCACAGCCCACUGCCACAACCUCAACCCCUGGCCAAGGCCCAGGCCCAAACCCCUUUCACCAGACUAACUGGAAGGAGCUGUCUAGGAAUGAAAUCAUCCAGUCCUACUUGAACCUUCAGAGCAAUGUGCUCAUCUCCUCAGGGGUCCGAGCCCCCGCUGCACACUUUUUCAUGUCCGAAUAUCUGAAAAGGGAAGAACAAGAGAUCAAGGACUUGAGGAAAACGCACGUUUUGCAAACAGACAGCUUGAUAGGGGAUUUACCCGGGGUAAGUCGAGACGUAACAGAGGAGGACUUGGACAGGAUACACACACAGAACUGGCCUGGUGUUAACGGUUGUUAUGAUACCAAGGGCACCUGGUAUGACUGGACAAAGUGCAUAUCACUGGACCCUCACAGGGAUGAAAGCAAAUUGAACAUCCUGCCAUAUGUUUGCCUAGACUAAAAGGCUUGCUGUUUCUUUUCCACUCCUUUCUUUGUCUCAACACAGAGACCAGAUAGUUUGAUUUUUUUUUUUUUUUUUUGUCCACUGUGAGUUUGGCCAGAACCAGGCCUACUAAACUCCCCUCCCUAUGGCUCUUUCUGUGAAAAUCUAUUGAGACAUUGGUAUUAAAAGCAUAAUGAUUGAAAGAAAAUGUUAGUUUAUAAUGUCAAGGGCUCUUUCUGUUUUGUUUUUGUUUUUUAACUGAAAGAGACAUGGUCCAUGUUGCAGAGUACUGCUGCUGGCAAUGAAGGCAGAAAAGGGACGGUAGCAUUAUUUCCCACAACCUGAAAUGUCACUGCUAUAUUGAUUUAUGAUGUUCAGAGUGGUACUGCUGUUUCAGACACACGGAGAUAAUGAUACUGGUUUCAUUUUCUCUUCUUGUUCCUGACGAGGAAUUGCAGGGUCCUGGGUUAAAUAAAGAGGGAAGGCUUGGCUAUGGCUGUUCUAUCCAGACCAACUUGCUCAUAGAGUUCAUUUAGCACAGUCGGAGCUGAAUGUGUCCAGAAUAUCCAAUACUGGAACAUAUUUAGCAGUUACAAUAGGCUUUAUGUGAAAUAUAAAAAGUAAAUUAUAAAUUUCUUAUAUAUACAUCUAUUUAUUUUUGAGCAGUUUAUUUAUGGGAUGUUCUAAACAAGCUUUUCAAAAAAAUCUAGAUUUUUUUUUUUUUUUUCUGUUUAAAUUACAAUGUUAUCAUGAAUCUCACAAACAUUUGUGUUUUUUUUUUUUUUUAGAUUGGCUAAAUAUUUUGGUUAUUAACAUUCCAAAUCAACCAUUCACCAACUUUAAUUGUUUCUGUCACAUCAUAAAGCUGAGUCGGGGCACAUGUUUUUAAACGGUUCCAAAAGUGCUAAUUUCUCAUUUAAAACAGGUCAGUGGUGGAUAUAAAAUGUGUCCAUAAGCACUCUACUAGGUAGGUUAUCGCAUACGAGAGUCAAAAGGAAGGAGUUGUUUAAACGUUAACUCACAAAAACUCACUUUGUUACCUUGGAAGAUAUUGUUUGCCUUCUGAAGUUCGGUCUCAGUAUUUUUCUGAGGGAAACAAGCUAAGUGAAUGUACAGUAGCCCAUAUGAUGUGCCCAAAGUUCAUGUAGAUAACUGGAGGUAUGAUUUCUUUAGCUUCUAAGUGAGCAUGAGCACCAUCAGGAUCAAUCAUUCUUGGCAUUUCCCAUCCAGUGAGCAACAGUAUUUGAUUUGAUUCUAGUUUAAGCACCACUGACUACCGCUCUCACAUGAUGUCAAUCAAAAUCGGCCUUUGUGUGGCCUUUCUGUUCAUUCAUUUAGUUUUUUUUUUUCUUCCCUACCAAUGUGCCUUGGUAAAUGGUAAAUCUGGAUUUGUUCCGUAUUAAACAUGCCUGUCUGUAUGUUAAUGCGCGAGAAUUCCAAAUCCCACGAUCGAUAUGACCCCUAUAUGCACCCAUUUCUGUUACUUUUGUAUACAGUAAUCUGGGGAAAGGUGAAGCUGCAGGCAAUGGUAAACUGCACAACAACACAGCUGGCAAUAAAGAACAAAUGCUACAACAGGUUAAGGAUCUGUUUUUCUGGAGUUUUGACAGGGGGCAUCUUUAUUUGUUCAGUGUUUAACAUCUCUAAAUUGUUUGAAAAAUAAAUUAUCUGAAUCCUCA